UCUAAUAGCAAGCAGCGUGUGUAAAAUGACUCACCACCUGUCAUAUUACUGAUCAUUUGCCGAUACAAUUCAGAAAACCUUGAAUAGGCUGUGUGUCCUUCAGUGAAUCAGCCGCCAGACGGUCAAGGUUCACCUGAUAAGUUUACUGACUGUAGCAUUUAUGCAUACUGUGAUCAGAGAGGUGGAAGAAAUAUUCAGGUCCUUUGCUUUAGUAAAAUUACUAAUACCACUCUCUGAAAUUACUCCACAAAAAGUCAUGUAUUAUUCCUGUACACUACUUUACUAUUGCACAAGUUUAAUAACACAAUCCAACUUUUAAAGCAUGGUAUUUAAUUCCUGAAUCUGCCAGUGAGACAUUAAUUUAACAGUGAUGGCUAAUCCCAGAGUAUCUUCCAUCGAUGGGAAGUUGGCAGAAGAAUUUGCCGUCCCCUGCCAUGUUGAUGAGGUUAAAGAGAAGAUGGCUGCUUUCGCCAGUCUACACGCUGCAGCGGGUCGCAGAGUGGUUCUCAUCACAUCAGGAGGAACCAAAGUUCCCCUAGAGUCCCGCACCGUCCGCUUCCUAGAUAACUUCAGCAGUGGCAGGCGAGGAGCCUCUUCAGCGGAGUAUUUCAUGGACUCAGGCUACGCAGUCAUCUUCCUGCACAGGCAUCGCUCCCUCUACCCCUACACACGGGUGUUCUCUACCAUUAACAUGCUGGAUGCCCUGAUGUUCAGAGGGGAAGAAGAAGCUUCCUCUGGUGAAGUGGUGGUUAACCAGCAGGUGCUUCCCAACAUUGCCAAAGCACUGAAGAGAUACCAGGAAGUGAAAGAAGGCAACCUCCUUCUGCCAAUCGAGUUCAGCACUCUAUCAGAGUAUCUGCAUCUUCUUAAAGCAGCAGCACAGGCACUCAGCGCUAUAGGACCAAUGGCCAUGUUUUACUUGGCUGCAGCUGUGUCAGAUUUCUAUAUCCCAGCAUCUGAGAUGCCCGAACACAAAAUCCAGUCUUCCAAUGGACCUCUUCAACUCAGUUUGAACAUGGUACCUAAGAUACUGUCCCCGCUAGUGAAAGACUGGGCCCCUCAGGCUUUUGUCAUUUCUUUUAAGCUGGAGACAGAUGCAUCCAUCCUGCUGGACAAGGCUCGCCGGGCUCUGGACACCUACAGGCAUCAGGCGGUGGUGGCCAACGUGCUGGACUCCAGACGGGGCUAUGUGGUGGUGGUGACCCCCGAGACCCAGGCUGAGCUGAUCAUCUCAGAGGAAGAUGCCAAGAAUGAGGUGGAGAUAGAGGAGAGGAUAGUGAGCAACCUGACGUCAGCUCACGACAAGUUCAUAACUCAACAAGGGGGCUGACAGAAAUCAUCCAUACUGCACGCCUGAGUCAUGAGUUGUUGUCUGUGCGCUCACUCGUUCCUGAGCUCGGCUUGAAUAAAUACUUUAAUCAUAUUGAUAAUAUAACCUUGGUAAUAACUUUAAACACAUCCUGCCUUCCCAUGACCUUUCUAAUGUACUCUAAAAAACAUCAUCCAAGCUUUGAUUACUGUUUCUGUACAAUGACAAAAUACAAGUUAAUGAAAGUUUAUUAAAUGUUUAUUCACAUUGUGCAAUGAACUAGAAACAAAGUAAUGUUAUUGCCUUUUCUACACAAGGGACUGACGGUUGAAUAAUUCAGUGACAUGCUUUACUACAAAUCUAUAAUAAAAAUCAACAAGUUUAAUCCAUUGGUAUUUUUUUCAACCCCCUGGCUCCACGUAUUGGACUCUUGUUUGGUUACUUAAGUUUGACGCUCUUCUUGACGCCAGCACGAAUACCAGAGCGCUCUCCACUGUAUCUCGUCUCCUCCCGACGAACCUCUCGGACCUGGGGAAAUUGAACGACCUUGUCAACUGCUGAACUUGUUUUUCAACAUAAACUGGAUUCAAACUGAUGAGCCUGCAGUCCUCAGAAGCUUCAUGAUGCACUGAAACAGUGUAAUACAAAUGUUCUCAUCAAUGUAUGGAAUACAAACCUGGCCCUUUCUGCGGAUCUUGGCCCGUCUGAACUUCUCUCUGUGCUUGACUCUGGGAUUACGGUCAAUCUUCUUCCUCUUUGGUGUGAGCCCCUUGUUCUUCGACAUCUGUGAAAUUGGAAGAGUUACAUAAUUAGAAUAACUGAACAGAAAUGACAGUUUAAAGUGGCAACAGACAACUUCUCCCCCGUAAAACUUCAAAAAGGGUACUAUUGUUGCGCCACUGUCGCAAAGACAACCAAAAUCCCUUUCCACUCAAACACACUGCGUUCAGUUGUUCACAACUUUGUGCUGUAAAUAAAGCUUUCCCAGGAGAUUGUA